AUGUUAUUUGAAUAUCCAGAAACAUCUAUCUUAGCAUUUACAUUUUCAAUGGCAUCAUUUAUUUUUACUGUUAUUUCUAUUAUAUUAUUUUGUAUUGAAACUUUGCCAGUAUAUGCUCAAACACAUUGUGAACCUGGAACAAGACCAAAUUUUCGUGAUCCAUUUUUUAUUAUUGAAACAUUAUGUACAUUUUGGUUUACUAUAGAAAUUUUUAUACGUUUUAUUAGUUGUCCAAGUCAAAAAAUAUUUAUUAAAGAUAUUAAAAAUUUAAUUGAUUUAGCUGCAAUUGUACCAUAUUAUAUAACAUUAUUCAAUGUUUUAAUAACAUUUAGUUGUGAAGGAGCAAAAAAUAGUGCUAGUUUAGCAUUUCUACGUGUAAUACGUUUAAUUCGAGUAUUUAAAUUAACAAAACAUUCAUCUGGUUUACAAGUACUUGUAUUAACUUUUAAAGAAAGUAUUGAAGGAUUAAGUUUAUUUCUUGUUGCAUUUAUUGUUUGUAUAUUAGUAUUUUCUAGUACAAUUUAUUAUGUAGAAAUUGAUAGAAAAGGUUCACAAAUUGAAAGUAUACCAGAUGCAUUUUGGUGGGCUGUCAUUACAAUGUGUACUGUUGGUUAUGGUGAUAAAGUACCAAAAGGACCAUUAGGAAAAGUUGUUGGUAGUGUAUGCGCUGUAGCUGGUGUAUUAACAUUAGCUAUACCAGUACCAAUUAUUACAGAAAAUUUCAAUAAAUUUUAUGCUCAUAAAACCGGUCGUGGUAGAAGAUGA